GGCAGCGGCCAGAGCUCGGGCGGCCCCGCCGCCUCCUCCUCGCGAGCGCCGCGCGCCCAGGCCCGGCUCGCAUGCGAGUCACGUCCGCCCCCUCGCCGCGGCCGCCCCGAGACGCCAGCCCCGCCGGGUGAUGAGAACAGACGUCAAACUGCCUUAUGAAUAUUGAUGCGGAGGCUAGGCUGCUUUCGUAGAGAAGCAGAAGGAAGCAAGAUGGCUGCCCUUUAGGAUUUGUUAGAAAGGAGACCCGACUGCAAACUGCUGGAUCGCUGCAAGGCUGAGGGACGAGAACGAGGCUGGCCACCAUUCAGCAGCAGACCCUCUCAAGAUUGUCCACUUGCCUUUGCUCCUGGUUGAGUUACCUCACAUGGAAGCGGGAGAUGGGCUCAGCGGCAGCCGGCAGGCCAUGAUCCAGGAGGUGCAGUGAGGGAUAGAGCUGCUGAAUUCAUUCAGAGGGCAGCCUUUUGGAUGGCCCCGAAGCAAGCCUGAUGGAACAGGACAGAACCCACCAUGUUGAGGGCAACAGACUAAGUCCAUUCCUGAUACCAUCUCCGUCUCCCAUUUGCCAGACAGAGCCUCUGGCGAGAAAGCUCCAGAAUGGAAGCCCAUUAACCGAGAGAUCUUAUCUGGAAGUGAAUGGAGACAGCAAGUGGCAGUCUUUCAAAAGUUAUUAUGGAAUACCCCACAUGAAAGGAAGCCAGAAGAGUCGCGUGAGUCCGGAUUUCAUACAGGAAGGUAGAGGGUAUUCCAGAUGUCUGCAGAAUGGCGGGAUAAAACGCACAGUUAGCGAACCUUCUCUUUCUGGGCUCCAUCAGAACAAGAAACUGAAACCAGACCAAAAGGCUAAUGGAGAAAGAAAGAGCUUCGGGGAAAGCCAAGAAGGAAAUCCAGACAAAGGCAGCAGUCAACCAAACGUCUCCCAUGUGAGUGGUAGGAGGGAAUCUGUGAGCUCUGCGGCCCAAGAAAAUGAAGUGAAAGAUUUCACCGGUUUCCCAACACACAAUGGCGGUGGGUCUGAAAACCCAGAGCUUCAGAUUCUGAACGAACAGGAGGGGAAAAGUGCUAACUACCACGACAAGAACAUUGUAUUACUUCUCAAAAACAAGGCCGUGCUCAUGCCUAAUGGUGCUACAGUUUCUGCCUCUUCCAUGGAAAACACACACGGUGAACUCCUGGAAAAAACACUGUCUCAAUAUUAUCCAGAUUGUGUUUCCAUCGCGGUGCAGAAAACCACAUCUCACAUACAUGCCAUUAACAGUCAGGCUACUAAUGAGUUGUCCUGUGAGGUCACUCACCCAGCGCAUACCUCAGGGCAGAUCAGUUUCCCACAGACCUCGAACUCUGAGCUGCCUCCAGAGCCAGCCGCAGCGGCGACUGAGAGCUGUGAGGCAGAUGGUGCCAGUAAACCAGCUGCAACGCUCGGGGCCUGCCCCUUUCAGAAACCAGAACAGCAGAAGUCCGCUUUUGAGAUAUGCCCAUCUCCGGCAGAAAGCAGUAACAUCCAAGGAACUGCAAAGCUAGGCUCUGGUGAAGAAUUCUGCUUGGGUCCCAGUGGCAAUUUGCAGUCUCCCGGCGGCAGCUCUGAACGGUAUUUAAAGCAAAACGAAAUGAAUGGUGCUUGCUUCAAGCAAAGCUCAGUGUUCACUAAGGAUUCCUUUUCUGCCACUACCACGCCACCACCAUCACAACUGCUUCUUUCUCCCCCUCCUCCUCUUCCACAGGUUCCUCAGCUUCCUUCUCUAGGAAACGGCACUCUGAAUGAUGGGGUUUUGAAAGAACUCCAUCACUACCCCAACCAAAGUGACCCAACUCUUUUAAGGGAAGUUAAAAUAGAGGGUCAACGUGAGGCACCACCACCCCAGAGUCCCACUCCCUCCGCCCAUGUAUCCAACCCCUCUCUGAUGCUUCCAGUAAGGCCUCAGAAUAAUUGUGUUAACAAGAAUGACAGUCGGACUCCGGGGACAAUGACUAUUCCAUUGGGUUCUGAGAAAACCAGACAACUUUCAGAACAUCUCAAGCCUAACCCACCGACUCUUCGUAGCGGUGGAGAUCCACAGGAUCACUGCCAGCAUUUGAUGGGGCACAAACAGCAAGAGAUUCUCAAGAGUCAAGACAAGGAACAAACACGUGACCGCAUGCUCCCAACACAGCGCUAUCUGAAACCAGGAUGGAUUGAAUUGAAGGCCCCUCACUAUCAUCCAGCAGAAUCCCAUCUGAAAUGUAAUGAGACAACCCUGCGGUCAAUUCUUCAGUAUCAGUCCAACCCCUCCCAUCAAAUGACCUCCAAACAAUACACUGGAAAUUCCAACAUGCCUGGGGGGCUCCCAGGGCAGGCUCAUAUCCAGAACAUAAUGCAGCCGGAGCAGGGGCCACCAAGGUACCAAGUUGAGAUGAAUCGAGUGCAGUCUCAAGGUACAGUGGACCAGCAUCUCCAGCUCCAAAAUCCCUCACUCCAGGCGCACUUCUCCAAAGUGGAGCCUUCACUGGACACUCACAGGCAGUCACUGUGUGCCCCGAGAUGUCAUUUCCAACAGAGACCAGAUCCCCAAACUGAGAAGCUCAUGCCCCCAACAAUAAGACAGCACUUGAAUCAACAGAUUUCAGAGACUGAACCCUUCUCAAAUUCACACCUUUUACAGCAUAAGGCUCAUAAGCAGGCAGCACAAACACAACUACCCCAGAAUUCACAUCUCUCUCAAAACCACCAACAACAGCAAAAAUUACAGCCGAAGAAUAAAGAACAAAUGCCCCAGACCUUUUCUUAUCUCCAGGGCAACAGUGAUGAGCCAAGAGAAGGAACAUUCUUUAGCCAGGUUAAAGUAGAAGAAUGCUUUCCUGGUGAAGAUCAAUAUUCAAAAUCAAGUGAGUUCCAGACUCAUAAUCCCAAAAUGGGACUGGAGCAAGUACAGAAUAUAAACAGUAUAAAUUCCCCCUAUGGCCAGAUCUUGAAGUCAAAUGCAAGCAAAGUACAGAUUUCUGGUUCAAACCAUGUACAACUGGUUCCAGACAAUAAAGAACAGACUGUAAAUUCUGAACUGUUUGCAGGAAACAAGACCCCAAAUGUGCAUCACAUGCAAUAUUUUCCAAAUAAUGUGACCCCUAAGCAAGAUAUUCUUCACAGGUGCUUUCAACAACAGGAACAAAAGCCUCAACAGGCUUCAGUUCUGCAGGGAUAUAAAAGUAGGAACCAAGACGUGUCUGGUCAACAAGCUGCACAACUCGCUCAGCAAAGGUACUUGAUGCAAAACCAAGCAAAUGCGUUCCCUGUACCCAAUCAGACAGGAACUCACGUUCAGACCCCACCUCAGAAGGACAUUCAAAAGCACGCUGCUCUGAGGUGGCACCUCUUACAGAAGCAAGAACAGCAGCAAACACAACUCCAAGCCGAGUCUUGCCAUAGUCAGAUGCAAAGGCCGAUUAAGGUCGAGCCUGGAUCCAAACCCCAUGCCUGUAUGCGCCCCCUGUCAGCACAGCCAGAAAAUAAAAUGUGGAAAAAGAUACCCAAGCAAGAGAUUCCACCUCCCAGCUGUGACAGUGCGCAGCCGCGGAGCAUCCUUGAGACCAUGGAGCAGCAUCUGAAUCAAUUUCAGGUCAAAUCAUUAUUUGACCAUAAGGCUCUUAAUCUCAAAUCACAGAAGCAAGUAAAAGUUGAAAUGUCAGGGCCAGUCACUGUUUUAACUAGACAAACCACUGCUGCAGAACUUGAGAGCCACACCCCAGCUUUAGAGCAGCAAGCAACGCCUUCCUCAGAAAAGACACCAACCAAAAGAACAGCUGGUUCUGUUCUCAAUAAUUUUUUAGAGUCACCUUCCAAAUUACUAGAUACUCCUAUAAAAAAUUUGUUUGAUACACCUGUCAAGACUCAGUAUGAUUUCCCAUCAUGCAGAUGUGUAGAGCAAAUUAUUGAAAAAGAUGAAGGUCCUUUUUAUACCCAUCUAGGAGCAGGUCCUAAUGUGGCAGCUAUUAGAGAAAUCAUGGAAGAAAGGUUUGGACAGAAGGGUAAAGCUAUUAGGAUUGAAAGAGUCAUCUAUACUGGUAAAGAAGGCAAAAGUUCUCAGGGAUGUCCUAUUGCCAAAUGGGUGGUUCGCAGAAGCUGCAGCGAGGAGAAGCUACUGUGCUUGGUGCGGGAGCGAGCUGGCCACACGUGUGAGGCUGCGGUGAUCGUGAUUCUCAUCCUGGUGUGGGAAGGCAUCCCAGUCUCUCUGGCCGACAAGCUGUACUCGGAGCUCACCGAGACGCUAAGGAAGUACGGCAUGCUCACCAACCGGCGCUGCGCCCUGAACGAAGAGAGAACCUGUGCCUGUCAGGGGCUGGACCCAGACACCUGUGGUGCCUCCUUUUCUUUUGGUUGUUCAUGGAGCAUGUACUACAAUGGAUGUAAGUUUGCCAGAAGCAAGAUCCCAAGAAAAUUUAAGCUGCUUGGGGAUGACCCAAAAGAGGAAGAGAAACUGGAGUCGCAUUUACAAAACCUGUCCACUCUUAUGGCCCCAACGUACAAGAAACUUGCACCUGAUGCAUACAAUAAUCAGAUUGAAUAUGAACACAGAGCACCCGAGUGCCGUCUGGGUCUGAAGGAAGGCCGUCCAUUCUCAGGGGUCACCGCAUGUUUGGACUUCUGUGCGCAUGCCCACAGAGACUUGCAGAACAUGCAGAACGGCAGCACGCUGGUAUGCACCCUCACUAGAGAAGACAAUCGAGAAAUUGGAGGAAAACCUGAGGAUGAGCAGCUCCACGUUCUGCCUCUCUACAAAGUCUCUGAUGUUGAUGAAUUUGGCAGUGUAGAAGCUCAGGAGGAGAAAAAACGAAACGGCGCCAUUCAGGUACUGAGUUCUUUUCGGCGGAAGGUCAGGAUGUUAGCAGAGCCAGUCAAGACGGGCCGACAGAGGAAACUAGAAGCCAAGAAAGCUGCAGCUGAGAAGCUUUCCUCUUUGGAGAACAGCACAAAUAAGAGUGAAAAAGAAAAGUCAGCCUCAUCUCGUCCGAAACAGACUGAAAAUGCAAGCCAGGCUAAACAGCUGCCAGAACUUCUACGACUUUCAGGACCAGUCAUGCAGCCGUCCCAGCAGCCCCAGUCCCAACCCCAACUGCAGAAACAACUUCCACAGCCACAGAAGCAGCCGCCACAGCUGCCGCGACCUCAGCAGCAGCCCCUGCAACAGCAGCCACAUCACCCCUUAACUAAUAACUCUCAGUCAGAGUCAGUCAGCUCUUACUCUUCAUCUGGAUCCACCAAUCUGUACAUGAGACGGCCCAAUGCAAUGAGCCCUUAUCCAGGCUCUUCGCACACUUCAGAUAUUUAUGGAGGUGCCAACCCUGUGAACCUCUAUUCCACCUCAUCCCAAGCUGCAGGUUCCUAUUUGAAUUCUUCUAAUCCCAUGAGCCCCUACCCUGGGCUUUUGAAUCAGAGUAACCAGUAUCCAUCAUAUCAAUGCAAUGGAAACAUAUCAAUGGACAACUGCUCCCAAUAUCUGGGCUCCUAUUCUCCCCAGCCUCAGCCCAUGGAUCUCUAUAGGUAUCCAAACCAAGACCCUCUGUCUAAGCUAAAUCUGCCACCCAUCCACACACUUUACCAGCCAAGGUUCGGAAACAGCCAGAGUUUUACUUCUAAAUACUUAGGUUACGGAAACCAAAAUAUGCAAGGAGAUGCCUUCAGCAGUUGUACUAUCAGACCAAACGUACACCAUGUAGGGACAUUCCCUUCUUAUUCCACACAUGAGAUGGAUGGCCACUUCAUGGGAGCCACCUCUAGAUUACCACCCAAUUUGAGCAGUUCAAACAUAGACUAUAAAAACGGUGAGCAUCAUCCAGCUUCUCAUUUAAUCCAUAACUACAGUGCAGCUCCGAGCAUGUUCAACAGUUCCCUUCAUGCUCUGCAUCUCCAAAACAAGGAGAACGACAUGCUCUCCCACACAGCGAAUGGCUUAUCUAAGGUGCUUCCGGGUCUUAACCCUGAGAGAACUACUUCUGGGCAGGAAGGCUUGCACAAAGUACACGAGGCUGGCAGUCAGGAAAAGCAGCCUUUGGCCGCCGAGGACAACGAUGAGGUCUGGUCUGACAGCGAGCAGAGCUUCCUGGAUCCUGACAUCGGAGGAGUGGCUGUGGCUCCAACUCAUGGGUCAAUUCUCAUCGAGUGUGCAAAGCGCGAGCUGCACGCCACAACCCCUUUAAAGAAUCCCAACAGGAAUCACCCCACCAGGAUCUCGCUUGUCUUUUACCAGCACAAGAGCAUGAAUGAGCCAAAACACGGCUUGGCGCUCUGGGAAGCCAAAAUGGCCGAGAAAGCCCGCGAGAAAGAGGAAGAAGGUGAAAAGCAUGGCCCGGACUAUGUGCCUCAGAAAACCCACGGCAAAAAGGUGAAACGGGAGCCCACUGAGCCGCAUGAACCUUCCGAACCCACUUACCUGCGCUUCAUCAAGUCCCUUGCUGAAAGGACCAUGUCCGUGACCACAGACUCCCCAGUAACUACAUCCCCAUAUGCCUUCACUAGGGUCACGGGGCCUUACAACAGAUACAUGUGACGGCGCCCCUUGAGUUGGUUACCUCAUUUGAAAAGACCACAACCAACUUGUCCGUUAGUGUAGUUCUCAUGACGUGGGCAGUGGUGAAAGGACACAGUAAUUCUGACAAAUGUGGUGGGAGGAACCUCGGCUCACCAGCAAAACAAGAGGUCAUCUUACCAUAGCACUUAAUUUCCACUGACUCCUGAGUGGUCACAGAUGGAAUCUAGGCAAAAGACCAAAGCAUUCUAUGCAAAAAGAAGAUGGAGAAGGAAGUGUUCCACGAUUUACAUUUUUAAACACUGGUUCUAUUACUGGACGAGACGAUAUGUAAAUGUGAUUCCCUACCCCUUACAACUCUACACAUCUGUGACCACUUUUAAUAAUACCAAGUUUGCAUAGUCAUGGAACACAAAUCAAGUACUGUAGUAUUACAGGGGCAGGAAUCUUAAAAUACCAUCUGGUGCUGAAUAUACAAUGUACUGAAAUACUGGAAUUAUGGCUUUUAAACAUGCAGUUUUUACUGUAAUCUUAAUAUUAACUUUUAUUUAUCAAAAUAGCUACAGGAAGCAUGAAUAGACAGCAAAACACUGAAUUAGUUUGGAUGUUCUAAGAAAUGGUGCUAAGAAAAUGGUGUCUUUAACAGCUGAAAAUUUAAUGCCUUUAUAUCAUCAAGAUGCUAUCAGUGUACUCCAAUGCCCUUGAAUAAUGGGGGUACCUUUUCAUUCAAGUUUUUAAUCAUAAUUACCUAUUCUUACACAAGCUUAGUUUUUAAAAUGUGGACAUUUUAAAGGCCUCUGGAUUUUGCUCAUCCAGUGAAGUCCUUGUAGGACAAUAAACAUAUAUAUGUACAUAUAUAUAUACACAUAUGUAUAUGUGUACAAACAUGUAUAUCUAUAAAUAUUUUAAAUGGUGUUUUAGAAGCACUUUGUCUACCUAAGCUUUGACAACUUGAACAAUGCUAAGGUACUGAGAUGUUUAAAAAAAAAGAAAAAAACGUUUACUUUCAUUUUAGAAUGAAAAGUUGAUUUUUUUAAGGAAAGCUUUUAAAAUAUUUUUGCUUUUAGCCAUGCAUCUGCUGAUGAGCAAUGUAUCCAUUUUUAUUACAGCCAGUUACAUCCAAAACGGGGCUUACUGGAUUCAAGGGAAUACAUUAGUCUACAAAACACAUGUUUUCUGGUGCUCAUCUUACAUGCUAUACUGUAAAACAGUUUUAUACAAAAUUGUAUGACAAGUUCAUUGCUCAAAUAUGUAGAGUUUUAAGAAUUUUCUAUUAACUGCAGGUAAUAAAUAAAAGCAUGCUACAGACUCAACAAAGCUAGUUCACUUAAGCCAAUGCUAUUUUAUGGAUCUGUAUGGUUCCCUUUGGCGAACCAAAUGGCAGUCUGCCUUUGUGUUGAUAAUUGUACAUUUUAAUGUUGUCAUUUCUUAGCUUAAGUGUCCUCUUUACCAGAAAGAUUGAGCAGACUGAUGACUGCGUAAGAUGAAUAAACAGGGUUAGUUCCAUGUGAAUCUAUUAAUUAAAAAAAAUUUAAAAACAGGCAGCUGGUUUGCUGUGGUGGUUUUAAAUCAUUAAUUUGUAUAAAGAAAUGAAAGAGAUGUAUAGUAAGUAAAUUAAAUUGUAAACAAACUUUUUUAACGCAAUGCUUUAGUAUUUUAGUACUGUAAAAAGAAAUUAAAAUAUAUACAUAUAUAUAAAUAUAUAUAUAUAUAGAUUUGAAACAGAAUUCACAUCAUGAUGGUGCUACUCAACCUGCUACAAAUAUAUCAUAAUGUGAGCUAAGAAUUCAUUAAAGGUUUGAGUGAUGUUCCUACUUGUCAUAUACCUCAACACUAGUUUGGCAAUAGGAUAUUGAACUGAGAGUGAAAGCUUAUAGCAUUGUGUACCAUCAUUUUUUUCCAAGGCUUUUUUUUUUUAGUUAAAGAAAAACAUACCUUUUUCCAAUACUUGAUUUCUUAGCAAGUAUAACUUGAACUUCAACCUUUUUGUUCUAAAAAUUCAGGGAUAUUUCAGCUCAUGUUCUCCUUAUGCCAACACGUCACCUGUGUUCAUGUAAAAUUGUUGUAGGUUAAUAAAUAUAUUCUUUUUCAGGGAUUUAACCCUUUUAUUUUGAAUCCCUCCUAUUUUACUUGUCUAUGUCCUGAUGUAACUAAAACUAAUCUUGUAAAUCUGUUGGCUGUUUUUAUUGUAAAGAAAAGCAUUUUAAGAGUUUGGAAAAUCUUUUGACUGUUUCGAGCAGAAAAAAAAUUACAUGAAAAUAGAAUGCACUGAGUUGAUAAAGGGAAAAUUGUUAAGUCAGGAGUUUGGCAAGUGGCUGUUGGCUAGAGUCUUUAACUCUCUAAAUAAAAGAUGUUUUGACCCUAUAAUCAAUACAGGUACAGAUCCACAGGACUUUUCUACACAAGCAAACACUUAGGGGGAUGGUGUGCAAUCAACUGUACAAUUAUGUCUUAGUCUGUGUACAUUUUUGCUUACUAACAUUUCAAAUAAACUCUUAAUCAAUGGAGGCCUUUGAGUUUUAUUGGUCAAAUCUUAUUGGAUUUUUUUUGGAGGGGGUCAAAACAUGGCUUUUGUCUUUAAAAAAAUUUUUCUCUAGUUUUUGGCCGUGACCAGUUUACAAGCAUUUCAAGAACAUUUGCUUUAUAUAUGUCAAACUGCAUGAUUUGAAUGUUUUGCAUAUGCCAGGCAUCUAACCCCAAACAUUUGGUUACUACCUGCACAUUUGUUGGUUUUGAGUCAACCAUCCCUAGAUGAGUGAAGAUUUGGUUUCUGUACCAAUCCACUGUCAUUUGUCAAACUGCUGGCCAACAGCAGGAAGUCUAGUUUGGGGGGUUGAGGAGAGGCUAGGUAGGAAGGAGAAGAAAUUAAGUGGCAUAUUGUAAAUAUCAGAUCUAUAAUUGUAAAUAUCAAACCUGCCUCAGAAUGAAUGGAAAGCAGAUCUCCAAUUUGCUUAUAUAGGAAUAUCAGGUUGACUAUAUAGCCAUACUUGAAAAUGCUUCUGAGUGGUGUCAACUUUACUUGAAUGAAUUUUUCAUCCUGAUUGACGCACAGUGGUGUACAGUUCACUUCUAAAGCUAGUGGUUAACUUGUGUAGGAAACUUCUGCAGUCUGACACUAAGAUAAUGAGUUCUGUGUGCAUUUUUCUACGCUUUUUUUAAAAACUUAUUUUCAUGAGAUGUUUGGUUUGUCUAUAAAAAUCUGAGGAUGGUUAUAAAUACUGUAAGUAUUGUAAUGUUAUGAAUGCAGGUUAUUUGAAAGCGUUUAUUAUUAUAUCAUUCCUGAUAACGCUAUGUGAGUGUUUUUAAUAAAAUUUAUAUUUAUUUAAUGCA